AUGAGACAAAUGAAGAAGACUGUCACUUUUCGUGACAUCUGGAUUGAUCGCCACCGCAAUGGUGUGGCGGUGACAUUGGCCCGGUUCGCCCUCGUCACGCUUGUCGAUAUCCUUUUCAUCAUCUGCCGUCCCUUUUCAAUCAUCAUACAACUGAUGUUUGACGCUUUGAGAUCUGUCUUUACUCGAGUUCAACGGCAUGCGCGUCGCUGGCACGGGGCAACAUCUAAUAGCGGGCUUUUUCAGGCACAUUCCCCCGAACACCUUCUUCAGCCAAUCCCAGGCCCGGCUCCCAUCAACAUCAAGGAUAAUCAGACCGAUUCCAAGCCAAAUGGUCGGUUCUUCAGCAUGCUGCCACCUGAAGUGCGGCGACGUAUCCUAGUUCACGCGUUUGGACGUCGCACGAUGCACAUGCAUGUGAAGUUUCAGAGUCCCUGGGCCUUGGCGGAUGCCGAGCCGCAAGAUAUGGCAGCCCAUGCGCGGCUCGAGCCUUUCAUCCGGCAUGAUCAGCCGCAGAGGUGGAUAUGGUACGGCUGUGUAUGCCAUCGAAGCGAGCCGGAAGACGAUCCGCUGUCGCUGGGCAGGACUCGGAGCUGGCCCGUCAAGCAACGAUCGUACUUCCUCGACGGUUGUCUAAAGGGUGAAGGCACCUGUUCCAAAUGGCCUGGAGCAUGGCCUAGCAAGUGCCAGAUUGGGGCGACGGGUUGGCUUCGCACUUGUCGGCAAGCAUACGUGGAGGGAAUGGAAGUCCUCUACCGCACCAAUACAAUACAGAUCGCUUCAAGGCCUCUCCUGCGCGGAUUGCAUGACAUUCUUCCGUCCACACCCCUCUCGCUAUUAACGUCUCUUGAACUGGUUUGGCAUCCCUUUUCUCUCCCCGUCACAGAAGGAUUCAGAGGCUACAGAUCUCAGACAAAAGAAAAAACGAUACUCCCAUCCCUGAUCUAUCUCCGAAUAUGCAUAGUUGGCCUAGAUUUGAACAGCCACAGCGAAUUUCGGAGGUUUCUUUCUGAGCUUGAUCCCGCGGUUGAACCUAUGGAAGAAGUCGCCCCAAAACAACUUGAACAGUUCGAUAUGCUCGUUAAGAGGAUUGCACCAGCUUCCGCCAAUGUAACCAUUAGUUUAGAGAACUUGCCUUUCUACCAGGCUGCAGAAGCCCAUUUAAUAAAGAAGCAAGGGAGUGGGAUAACCCGACCACAGAUAUCGGAGUUGGGAGGAUUGAAGUAUUGGCGCCAGAUAUCCAUGGCCGAAGACAAGACAUUGACGCCCCAGCGGAUCGAAGAAGGGGAAGUGCUCAGUCAAGCUCUUGGCGGAUAUUGGGUACAUAUUGCUGAGGAAGUGGUUGAGGGUGGCAUAUCUGCACCAACAGUGGCUGGAGGAGGCUACGUCGAGCCCCUCAAAUAUCAGCUGGGCGGCUAA